AUGAUAUUUGAUACCAUUGUAUUUAUUGGACUGUUGUUGUAAGCCGUCCAGGGACGUGUAGUGAUUGGACAGGUUAGAAAUACCCUAAAUAAAUAAAUAAACUGGGUGUCAUGCUCUCCCCACCUGUAUCUAUUGUAUCAGGGCAUUGAAUUUGUUUAAAUAUAUAGAAUGGUUUGAAAGCCUUCUCUUGGUCACUGUUCAGGCAGUAGUUGUAUUUGUUUCCAUCUCUGUGUUCUCGGGUAUUUGGUUUAGUCUUCUGGUGUCUGUUUUCCAUUUAGUCCCAACUCUGGCAAGCUAUUACCAGCUGAGUGAAUUGUGAUUUGAUUUCUAAAAUGGUUACAGGAUAUUUCCGUGCUAAUAGAAUCCUUCUGAUUUGUAUCUGCUUGGGCUGUUAAAAGCAGGUAACCUGAUUCUCUGCAGAACCAGUGCAGGGAGUGAAUAAUGAAGAGUUUAUAUAAUUAAGAGGGAAAGGAUGAUGAGUUACAGUUCCCUGCGUUCAUAUAAGGCCACAUUUCAAAGAAAGACUGCCUUGGUUUGGUUCUUCAGGUCUAGAUCAGCACCAUAGUAAGGUUCAAUUAAACAAUUUUGUCCCAAGCUGGCAAGCUAACAGUUAAUGUACUGAGGGAGUUAUUUCUGUUUGUUUAAUGAUCAUAUUUGUAUUCCACCCUGCCUCCAAGGAACUGAGACUACAUGCAUAUUUCGUAACCAUUCAUUUUUUCUCGCAUGUGGAGCGGUGGUGUGACCGGCCCGGGGUCGCCCACCUCUCCAUCAUCUGCCCUUUAAUGCUCUAACCAUGGCAUUGUUUGGUGCACAAGACGGAACUUGCCCCAGUGACCUACAGUUCUGCAGGCUGGAUCCUUCCCCACACAGUCACAAUGUCUUGGUUGGCAGCUUGUUUUGACUUGCUAAUCCAUCAGGUCUAGUUAGAAGCUGAAGAUAGCAGAAUCCCAGUGAGUCUAACCUUUACGUGGGAGCAGUAUUUCUUGGCCUCCUGUUUACUGCUUAAGGGACACUGCAGUUUUGACAACAGGAGAUUAUCCACAGGGCAGAGGUUACUCUGUGAUGGUGGAAGUUCCCUGCUUGAGGACAAAAAUGAGCCGUACUUUUAGUUCUUCAGUGGUGGACUUUGAUAUGUAGCAGGAUAACAUCUUGUAUAUUAUGCAAAACUACUUGUUUGGUUACGCUUGAAAGCUGUGAUGGUUACUGAAUGAUGUCCUCAAUGGGUCACAGCAAUUUCAGUACUGUCUGGAUGUUUGUACAUGGGGGGAAAACCCUCCGUCUCUUAAGGAAAGCGAAGUUGUCCUUUUUCGUAUUUGCAUAGUCUGUUUUCAGUGGCUCCCAGCAGUCAGAAGAUGUUGAAACACAGGGUUCUUCUCUGAUGUCAGCGUGUUCAAGCCUGAACAAACCCUUCUGUUCAGUAUCCAGGUCUGUGAAUUUCCUGCACCGAGCAUGUUUUGACUUGGCUUAGUGUAGCUAAUUGGCUUUGUCAUAACUUGGAAUGCAGUCCUUGGUGAACAUUGGGAAAGAAGGGUCCUUGGAAUGACCUUGGCUAGCAGCUGUUUAAUGUGGAAGUUGUGCUGGACUUCAGUAACAUUUGUAUGGUAGAACAUGAAAGGAUAAACAGCCCUGUUGUUCAACUGCAGAAAAGAAUUUGGAAUCGAACGAUCAAAUGCAGUGUCGUGCUGAUAAUGGUGGCACUGGGGAGGAACUCGGGGAAAAGUGACACUUCCUGAUGUUGUACGAUGGCUAAAUGUUUUGAAUUCCAGUGUAACUAUUUCCGAAGAAGGCAAAACCACAUCUGGAUUCACAGCUAUUCAUUUGCCAUGCCCAUGUUGAAGCAAAGCAGUAAAAAGAGAAGGGGGGGUCAAGAGGAACAUGGCCCUACUGUCCAUAUGAGGCCCGAUAGUCUCAAACCUUUCAUCCCUUACCCGCUUCUUGAGUCUACGGGGCUGGGUGCCCAGCUGCUUGUAAAAAUGAAGCGCCAGCUGUGCCAAAUGGACAAGUUGCGUUCCACAUGUCUGAAAGGCACUAGGUUCGGGACGAACGAUCCAGAUUGUAAGAACUUGGGUACAGAGAACGAUCUUCUUUGACUGUAUCACUUAAUGUGUCUUGCGUGUUGAAGUAUAUUUAUAAAGGUAUACUGCUUCACCAUUAGCGAGCUUUCUCAUCACUUAGCGUCAGAUUAUUGGCAGCAAUCCAUAUUUUCUGCCUUUGUUUGAAGGGCUCUCCUCUUUGUGCAAGAGAGAAGUGUUCUGGUUACCAUUUUAAAGUGUCUUAGAAGCAUUGCUGCACGGAAGGAGUGUGGAGGAAGUGGUUAUAACGGUUGCACAACUCAAACCUUAAUUCUAUGCAAAUACUAAUUGUAGAAAUCAGCAACAGCCAAUUGACAAGCUUAGUAAGGCUUGCCUUGGGUUGCUUAUAGAUUUUAAAGAGAGAGUCUAAACUUUCCUUCCUUCGUUUAAAUGAGAAGAGCCAGCCUUGGUCCUGUUGUUGCAGCAUGGUUGUACGUUCAGAAGAAAUAACAUUUGACUGUAGAAAUAAAUGAUUGCAGAAGAUAAUUAUUACUUCUCCCCCAUCAGCUAGAGUUAAUGCACCUAUUAAAAUGCUUCAACUUCAAGAGCCCAUUUUCUGCUGCUGCACUCAGAUCAAGACAUUGUGACGUUUACAAGAUAAUUGGACUGUAAUUAAGUGAAAAAAUUACUGUAUUUCAGUAGUCUUAUCAAUCAACAGUUCCCCCUCACUGUUGCGCUUUUGUUUUAACCUAAUGCAUGCUUUAACAUUAGAUAACAAUUCCACAUGUCUGUCUCAGCUGCAGGGUGGGGAAAGAAGGAAGGGCCUUGUUUUCUUCGUUCUUUUUUGUUUUGUUCUAUUCUGCAUUCCUUAAUUUUUCUUCAGAUUUAAAAGAUUGUGGAGUGGGACCCUGUAGUGUUGUUCUGCUGAUGGAAGCCGUUCCUUCAGUGGAACCAGAAGGAAGUGAUUCCCCCUUGCCAGUCCCAUGCAUGGCCUAAAAUUUUGGUCUGAAGCCCUUGUAAAAACCUCCAGAGCCAGAUGGCUGGGCAGCAAAUGCGCACACACAAACACACCAGAGUCUUAACAUUUGAGCAGACUUUUCCUAGCACCAUGUUAGAUUCAACCCUAGGGAAAAACAACUCUGACCAGGAUGUCCAAAUAGCAGUUAAACAUCCUACAAGCAUCUAACCAUCUUCAAAGGGGCAAGGAGAGAGGUCCACCUCCUGUCAUAGGGUUCUUGUCCAGCAUGGCAAGAGGGGCCUUUCACAGUAUUUCUUUCAACGACAUGAGCAUGUGCCCUCAAAUCAACCUUGGUUCUGUGGGUUGUGAAUUUGACUACUCUGAGCUCUCAAAUGUGCUCUUCAAGAAGACUGUAGAGUCAAAACAUAUUCGGCAAUUUAGUAUUCACCUGCCAUAGAAACGCCUUGGAAACCAAAAUGUUGGUGUCAACAAUAGAAUGAUGUGUUAUUUUUCUCUGCCUUUCAAUAUGUGCUGUGGGAAACAAUAUAAUUUAGGAAUCGGUUCAUCGCCGUGUUUGGCAGUUGCAACAUUUGCAUUUUGUUGUGAACUUAUAUAUACUCUAUUUUGUGUUGAUAAAGAUUUCAUAUUUGAAAUAAUAAUUUAAGUAAAAAUAGUUUUUGCCCUUUCUAACAAACUUGUUGUAAUUAAUAUAACUCAAGUGUUUCUGCUCCUGACAUCCAUGCAUUCUUUUAAAGACUGGAACAUAUCCUAAAUGCCUUCAAGGUACAUGAGAAAAAGCAUAGCAUUUGCUUGCUUGUAUGUAUGUCCCACCCCUAGGAACCAUUUGCUCUGUGUAGAUGAGGGUACAUCGUUCUUCUUGCUGUUUCUUCUUUCCAAGUUGGUUGGCUGCAAACAGGAAUGCUUCAGCUUGGGAAUACUAGGGUAAGAAAGCUAUACUCUAGUCCCCCUUCAUCUGAUCUAGUACGGCCCAAGUGCUCGCUUCUUAAGGGAGACAAGGCGUGGCCUCAGAAUCCAGUUAUAACAGCUUUGUAUAAUGAGUUCUUAAUUCCAUAUUGGGUUCAUAAUUGGAUUUGGUAUUAUGCUUUCCUUUCCCAAAAGUUUCACAUCAAAUUUAUUUAUAUAACUUAACAAUUAGAGAAAAAAUAUUAAUGCCAAAAAUGUAUGUACUUAUUGGCACCAAAAAUCCAUUGGCAUUUGUAAUAUAUAGCAAAUUUAUGCUUGCGCUUAUCAUAAAGGGCAAAAUUCAGAGGUUUUUAAUCCAACAGCACCAGCUUUUAAAAAAAAAAACUCUUGGUGGCUCUUUUGCUUCUGGCUUCAUUUGUAAGCACCUUUGGUGCUUUUAAAGUGAUAUCACCAACAUCUGAGCAAGAUUUCUUGUAUGCCACUUCAGUUAGCUGGUUACGUCCAAUGGCAGAGGUAAAUUCAUCACCCACCAGUCCUGAGAGCUCUUGCACAUUUUGAGACUUCAUUUUUUCUCUGCUUUAGCAAGCAUGAUUGCCGCCUGCCUUUUACAGAAGGCACUUUGCCUGCACUGUUUUUCUUUUUUCUUUUUGCAAACUGCGUGGGAUUCCAGAGCCCCUACCCUAUGCUAUAUCAGAAAUUCUUUUCUCUCUCAUUUUGUCGGCACAGUUUUGCUACGUGAGUGUCUUAAAAGAAAAGAGGCCAGGUUCUUCCUUAAGGUUUGCUGUCUAAUGGCCUAAUUCCUACUGCAGCGAGCCAACCUGAGCUUUAUUUUACUGAGUUUGUGGUCUGUACAAGGGGCAAAGUGAGGGACAAAUCUGAGGAUUUGGGCUAGAAGAUUGGGCAAUGGCAUAAGUGAUUCAGUUUGAGCGAUUCCAGUGGAAAAAAGAAUUAAAACCUCCCUGGAGCAUUUGCACACAUGAGGUAGUAGAGCAGGGCGGUGAUACGCAGAGUCUCUCUUGGCCAGAGUUUCAUGUAAUUCUGCCCGUGUGCUGCAUUUGAUUACGCUGCACCGGGAUAGCAUUUGCCCUGAAAAUCUUUGAGUCAUGCAGUUCCCUUUGGUUAUUCUUUUUAGCAUCCACAGUUAAAAAAAUAGAUUUAUUAUUCUCCUGAAUCUUUUUUUCUUUCUUGUUCCUCAGUUUAAUUUUAAACAGGUUGGGCCAGAUGCCAGCUUUUUCAGAUCCACUUAACCCAUUUCCCCCUUUAAAGAGGAAAAAAAAGGUAUCUCUGGAAUGGCCAUUUUCUCCAGCCUCUGGUUUAAUGAAGUGUGAAAGGGAGCACGAUUAAGGUUUUUCUGAAAGCUCUACAUAUUCCAUUUUCACCAGAAGAAAGUAUAAAUGUAGCUUUGUGCCCUCAAAACAGGAUGGAUAAAGUCAGAUUUGAUACCCUCUUUAGAGAUACGAAUAGAAAGACAACUUGGCCUACAUCUCUCUCUCUCUCUCUAUCUAUGGAUGCCAACAAGAUUUUCACAGCUAGUAUUUCACAAGACUCUUUAAUCCCAAAAUAGAGAGAUGGGAGGGCAGUCAGACUGGCUGAAAGAGGAAUGAAGGCAGUUUCCAACCAAUAUUUAUUUAUUCCAACCAAUAUUCCAAUAUUUAUGGCUAUUCUUGUUACAGCAUGAUCUCUGCAAGUUUGUAUGGACUUUUUUUGAGGGUAUGUCAGUGUUCAUACAUCCCCAAGUAAUUAUUUGUGACAAAUAAGAAAGUUCAGUGGGAUAUUUCUUAUUUCGAACAGAGUCACCUGCAUGUUCAGAAUAGCGCGAGUUCUGUAGAAUAAUAGCUAAGAUUAAAUGACAGGCGCUGAACAGUGGCACCAGGGGAAGGUUGCAGAGGGAAACCAGUGGGUCACACCCAUUCUGAGGCUGUCCGCUCACCUGAGCUCAGGUGUGCAGGUUCUUGUGUGCUCCUUUUAGUCUAGAAUCAUUUGCUGUGGCUCAGUUUACCUUCCCUCUAACUCUCCACCCACCGGUUUUCUGAACCAGGGAUACUGCAUGGAGAACCAAGUGUUUACAUAGAACUCUGAGGCUCAUAGUUGCCGAGAUCUCUUGAAAAGUCUGCUCAACUUUCCUCUCCUGCUUAUCCUUACCUCUGAAAGAAGAAAGAUACAGUUUCGUAUGUAGCCUCUGGCUACAUGCCCUUUGGGUGACAAUUACCACAAAGGCUGCUUUUGAGAAAUUAGCAAACUAAUGUCCUUUUAAAAAGAGUGAAGGAGGAGAGCUUCAAUUUUAUUGACUUAAGGUAGCUGUUGCAAGAUGACCCUUGAAAUUGGUUUGUGACUAAGGAAAUUCGUCGCUGGACAGUAAACUACUUCAGGAAGUACAGAGCGGCUUAGGUUCCCAUCCGUGCACUGAUCACCUGCCUAGGUGCACACCUACGUCGUUCCAGUAAUGCAACAAUACUAGAUAUUCCCAAAGGGAUCAGGGCCGUGGAAAUAAAACACCAAGAUGUCAUAUAUCUGCCUACCAAUGCGGUAUUUGCUUAUGAAAAAAAAAAAGUGUGUUGCAAUGCUCAGUGUCUGAACCACUUCAAAAUGAAUUUAACUAGGAAGUAAGUCUGCAAAAAUAGAUUUUUGCUUGGUGAACCAUUUAAGCCACAUGAUAUUUUGAAAUGUCAUGCCAGUAGUGUUCAGAACCUGGGUUUUUUUCAUGCAUGCAAACUCCCUCCUAUACUGCAGCUGUGACGGGUAUUCUGUAAAACUUUAAUAACCCAGAUGUGACCCCAGUUUUUCUGUUGUCCAUCUGAGAGUUGUGCAGUAGCCUAACCUAAGCAAUACUUUUCCUAUUUAUUUAUUUUCUAGCAGUACUUCAUGAGCAAGGACAUCUGGUGUAAUUACUGUGCAAUGUUUUAGCCAAAGUAUUGUCUACUCAGGGCCUCUAGGGUUGGACAAGCUAAACAGAUCAGGAUAGAUAAAUGGGUUCUUAUUGUAUAAAUGCCAAAAGCACAACAAGAGCUGAUCUCCUAAGGAGCAUUUCCAGCAUGAAUUUUUGUCUUCUGGUACACAGAUUAUAUUACCUUUAGAAUCUUGACUUUGUUAGGGAAUAGGAAGCUUUCCAGGAAAUAUAAUAUUUAUCUGAGAUGUCUGUAUAUUUCAAAAAGAGUCAAACUAUGGAGCAUUUACCAUGCCCAGUUCUACUUCGAAAUCUGUUUUGUGUGCCUUUUGGGAUGCUUGAAGCUGACAGACUCAUUUUCUCACUGAAGUUUCAGUCUAGAGCCAGGGAGAGGUAGAUGGUCACCUUACGCAUGGAGAAUUCAAGACAGGUAAAGCACAAAGAUUCUAACCUCAUCCACCCACCAUUGUUGGUUGUGUUCAGACCUUGGGACGAGUUGGCUAUUCUAGACAACAUUCUCAGUAGAAAUGCAGUCAGAGUAGAAAUCUGCACAGGCUCGGUUGUGGGGAAAGACCGCAACAGCCCUGUCCUCUAGUUCAAGGCAAGCCUGCUUUCUUUCUCUACAAGACAGCAGGAAAAUCUAGUCAAACAAAACUGCUUGCUUUACUCUUGCAAGUGACAGAUACGUAAUUGUGUUUUUGAUUUCUCUUUCCUCUGGACAGAUUGUUCAGUUUGACCUUGAAAAAGCUCAUCAUGCUGAAGGAGAUGGACAAGGAUCUGAACUCUGUUGUGAUUGCUGUAAAACUGCAGGGUUCAAAGCGGAUCCUGAGAUCCAAUGAGAUUGUCUUACCUCUCAGCGGACUUGUGGAAACAGAACUUCAGCUGACAUUUUCAUUGCAGUAUCCUCACUUCCUGAAGCGAGAUGCCAACAAACUGCAGAUCAUGUUGCAGCGAAGGAAGCGGUACAAAAAUAGGACCUUUCUGGGCUACAAAACGUUGGCUGUUGGCCUUAUCAACAUGGCCGAGGUGAUGCAGCAUCCAAGUGAGGGAGCUCUGGUAUUGGGACUCCACAGCAACGUGAAAGAUGUCUCUGUGCCCGUUGCCGAAAUAAAAAUCUAUUCCCUGUCCAGCCAGCCUAUAGACCACGAAGGGCUGAAGUCCAAACUCUCUGAUCGCUCCCCUGAUAUUGAUAACUACUCGGAGGAGGAAGAAGAGAGCUUCUCUUCUGAGCAGGAAGGGAGUGAUGACCCCCUGCACGGACAGGACUUGUUUUAUGAAGAGGAGGACCUUCGGAAGGUGAAAAAGACACGGAGGAAAAUGACGUCAACUUCUGCAAUUACUCGGCCAAAUAUUAAGCAGAAGUUUGUGGCUUUGCUGAAGAGGUUCAAGGUAUCAGACGAGGUCGGCUUCGGACUGGAGCAUGUGUCCAGGGAGCAGAUUCGGGAGGUGGAGGAAGACUUGGACGAGCUGUACGACAGCCUGGAGAUGUACAAUCCCAGCGACAGCGGUCCCGAGAUGGAGGACACGGAGAGCAUACUCAGCACACCAAAGCCAAAGCUCAAGCCUUUCUUUGAGGGAAUGUCGCAGUCAAGCUCUCAGACUGAAAUCGGAAGCCUUAACAGCAAGGGAAGCCUUGGCAAAGACGCCACCAGCCCGAUGGAAGCAUCCAUCGGGGACAAAAUGAAGCCGAUCCGGAGUAAGAAUGCAGAUGACAGCAUCAAUGAAGCUGACACAUUGGAGGCGAAUGAGCAGGAUGCAUUUGGAGAGUCCACCACCACCUUAGUCAUUCCAGAAAAGGUCAAGACCCCUAUGAAGAGCAGCAGGGGAGAACUCCAGAGCAUGGCAUCGCCAAGCAAAAUGGACAGCGCUACCCACACGCCCCGGCAGAAGCGUAGCACCCCACUCAAAGAGCGGCAGCUUUCCAAGCCCCUGAGCGAAAGGACCAACAGUUCAGACAGUGAAAGAUCCCCAGAUCUGGGACACAGCACGCAGAUUCCUCGCAAGAUCGUGUAUGACCAACUGAAUCAGAUCCUGGUGUCAGACGCAGCACUUCCGGAAAACGUCAUCCUCGUGAACACGAUUGACUGGCAGGGGCAGUAUGUCGCCGAUCUCCUUCAGGACCAGAAGAUGCCCGUCGUUUGCACGUGCUCCACCAUAGAAGUGCAAGCCGUCCUCUCCGCCAUCCUCACGAGGAUUCAGCGAUACUGUAACUGCAAUUCCACCAUGCCACGGCCCGUGAAGGUGGUGUCUGUGGGGGGCCAGAGUUACCUUAGCGCCAUCCUGAGGUUCUUUGUGAAGCAGCUGGCAAGCAAGACCUCUGACUGGCUGAGUUACAUGAGGUUCCUCAUCAUCCCGCUAGGUUCUCAUCCGGUGGCAAAGUACAUGGGCUCCGUGGACAGCAAAUACAGCGGGAUGUUCCUCGACGCCACCUGGAGAGAGCUCUUCAGCAAAUCGGAGCCACCCGCAACCGAGUCUUUGGAUGUGGUUGGCCGGAUCCUGCAGUAUGUGGGCGGAGCAAACAUCACCCACCAGCUGCCCGUGGCGGAGGCCAUGCUGACCUGCAAACAGAAAUGCCAAGAUGAAGACUCUUACCAGAAGUUCAUCCCUUUCAUUGGGGUGGUUAAAGUGGGCCUGAUCGAAGAUUCUCCUGCAGCCACAGGCGAGGGAGACGAUUCUCCUGUGAUCAGCCUGACGGUUCCCUCCACCUCUCCUCCGUCCACCUCCGGCCUCGCCAGGGACAUCACUGCCACUCCGCCAUCCUCUCCCUCCAUGACCAGCGGACUGGCUGGCAUGGGGUCACCGAAUAGCCCUUAUGGUGAUGUCAUCGGGCUGCAGGUGGAUUACUGGUUAGCUCAGCCCACAGAAAAGAAGAAGGAAGGCGAGAAAAAGGACGCCAGCUCCAAAAACACGCUCAAGAGUGUCUUCCGCUCCGUGCAGGUAUCACGGCUUCCAAACAGCGGGGAAGCCCAGCUGUCUGGGACCAUGUCCAUGACUGUUGUCACCAAAGAGAAGAAUAAGAAAGUUCCCACCAUCUUUCUGAGCAAGAAACCCAAAGAGAGAGAAGUGGAUUCCAAGAGCCAGAUGAUUGACGGGAUCAGCCGAUUAAUCUGCUCUGCAAAACAGCAGCAAACGAUGCUGAAAGUUUCCAUUGACGGAGUGGAGUGGAGUGACAUCAAAUUUUUCCAGUUAGCUGCGCAGUGGCCAACCCAUGUGAAACACUUCCCCGUUGGACUCUUUGGGUCAAAGCCAGCCUGAGGGUGGCCGCCCGGUGGCCCCUCCCGCAUCCUCCUCGUUGUGCUGCGGUGUGGCAUCGCCCCUGUCCAAACCAUCAGCCAAAUCGGAGCCGUCCUGUGGUCACUUCACCCGUGUCACAUCAGUUGCUGUGUUGAACUGGUCACACCAGGGCCUCUGGUGCCGAGAGGAGAGACUACGUUUCCGUCUCCGGCCUCGGAGCUGCCCGCUGGCCGCUUUUCCUUAUUUUGCUGCCACAUCAUGUCGUGGGUGUCCAGCCUCCGUCUCCGCUGCGUGUGCUGCAUCUUGGGAAUGAAUUCCCAAGGACUUAGGUUCUGUCGGUCUCCCAUCGCACCCGGCACACACCGCUUCCUUGAGCUGAGCUGGCACACCUGUGUCUUCCUGAAGAAUGUUUUUUUGAGAACUUAACAGUCCACAAAAAUCUGCCUUUAACAACAUGGUUUCUGUUUUGCAUUCUAGCUUUUGCUGAGCCAACUGAGAGCUUAGCUGAGCUCUCUCUUUUUCUCUUAGCCUUGACCUUUCCAAAAGCACAAAGUGGCAAAGCCCAUGUGGAUGGUCAUUUUAGCUCCCAAACUGGACCUGAGCUUGGCCUUGCUCCUGGCAGUCGGGGCCUGUACUCCCAUCUGCAGUUGCUCCCUGUUUCACUCUGUCUGGGUCAUACCUGCCAGGCUGGUGGAAGGAGCACUAACAUCUGUGUGAGACUGCCUUUCUUGGAAGAGAAGUGGAAGAAAUUGCGGUGAAGCAGGGGCCGAUGUUCUCUGUCAGUUCCACUCAUUCUGGGGCUCUUGUGAGUUCACAUUCAUUCGCCUGUAUUAGUGUUUUCUUCCAAUAGUUAGUUUGGGGUUUUUUUUAACCGGGAAAUUGCAACAAGCAUUUCCCCCUUCACUUGCUAACUUCAGGUGGUGUUUGACUGAGGUGCAUCUCCACUCCAGGUAAGACCCCACUUGCCUGUGAGAUAUCACAGCAGAACGAGAAGCAGAGAAGGCUGUCUGCUGUUUUUAGAAACAGGAUUAAAUUCCUUAGGCCACCUUCCCUGAAGCUUAUCCUAAAAAUGUCGUGGGACAGUUCUGUUGAGGGAAGCUUCAUCCCAGCCGCGUCCUGUUUAUAUCAAGAGGAGUGUCUGCAGCUCCCGCCCGUGCCUGCUCUUGAGCUAGCCUUGCGGUGGGAAACAGAAGGCCGCUCUCGUGGGCUUGUUUAGCCCCCUCCGCAGCCUGCUCACCACAGCCGGGGUUUGUGUCCCUAUCAACACAUUUGUUCAAGCAGGUAUGUGUAACAGAGCCGCCAGGAAUUCUAGACGCCGUGCCAGCAGUCACAGGCCCUGCUCAGCUUUCCACUUUCUUCGCACCUGCUCUUCACCCCAUGGCUUCUCUGUUAAAGGAAAUACGUGGACUAUCGACACAGGGUCUUGAGCGGGUCUUUUAGACGAGACCGGCUUCACCCCGAUGCAGAAUGGUGUGGCCGCUGCCGUCGUUCCGUGCCGCUUCGGGAGCUGAAGAAGGGCGGUUGUUCGCAGGAAGCCUGGCCCACGGGCGUUUUUGCGUGACCCUCAGCCCCUCGCCCACAGAGGCCCUCUCCCUUGCUACUCUUGGCUUCCGCGGAGGGAAAGCGGGAAAGCUCAAAAGCAGCUCCACCCGCGCUUAAGCUGGCGUGCCGCGCCGCCCCAGGUAGGAACCGCCUCACCUUCUCUCCUCGCAAACUUCCGCAGCAGCUCUGAGGUCCUUUCCAUGAUCCAGGCUGCUUCUGACCACUUCCUGACCAGCAAUAAGGCCCGAAGCGGUGUGGCUCUGUCCAGACACGGAGCAUGGAGGCCACUCUUGAUUCCUAGAUGCAUUUUCUAUUUAUGAAUGAUCACAUCACUUUCAGAGGUCUUUCGGGGUUUGAUACGAAGGGGUUUCUUGCGCCCCAGAGGCAGUUCCAUCCUCUCUGGAAGCCGUAGUGCUGGUUGUCAGGUAGUUUCGAUGGAAGGGGAAACGGGGGGAUGGCCUUGCGAGGACCGAGAAUCAAACGGCACUUGGGCAAUCAUUCUGCUCCCUAGAGUGGAAGGAGGAGAGCUGUGGUGCUCUUUCUUCCAGGCCGCAGCCGCCCGUGGCCACGUCUUCAGAGCACCCUCCGGCUCGCCCUUGAGCUGCCCUUGCCGCUCCCGCGGUGAUGGUGUGAUUCCGGGCACCAGCGGCUCCACUCACGUUCCGUCCUUGAGGGCUGGAAUCCUCUCCCAGGCUUAACUGAGAUCUGUGCAAGGUCAGCUGGAUCAUAUCUGAUUCCCUUCCUCUUGCCGAAGAGUCUCAGUGACAGAUAAAAGGGUCGGCGGUGCCAAGCUUGGCCUAGUCCAGCUGCUCCGGGUUGAGGGAAACCUGCCACAGAGCCAGCCAAGAGAAGCUGGCGAGGGGGCUGCCCUUCCAGGAUUCCUCGGCCCCUGGGGGGCCCUUUCACGGCCCCCCACCCCCUCGAGCUCAUUUUAAGAGGGCAUUGCUUUUGGUUAGAAGCCAGAGGCUGCCCCCUGGCCAUGUUUGCUGGUCUCCAGAGCUUGACACACUGGUGUUCUGGUCACCUCUCUGGGGCUGCCGAGCCCCCGCAGGCAGCGAUCCCUGUUCGCCAGCAAGCCCCUAAGCCGCCCAGGGUCGAGGCAGUGCAGAACUUGGGGUGGAUGGGAUUUCCGUGCAGCCAGUCAACUCUGGGUUGCUUUUGGCCAAUCUGAAACUGGGGGGGGGGGGGCUGCGGGGGUGUGCAAGCCGCAAUAGGAGCGUGUGCCUGUUGCCACACCUUGGGCUUCCACAGGCGCAAAGCACAAGCUCCCCCCCAGCCAGGCCCGGGGCCAGAUCCAUGUGCUGUUGAAACCACCUGUGCUCCUCUGUCUGUCAAGCCAGCACACGGCUCACGUUUUCUCUGUUGUGCUUUCCUCUGCAGCCUGGCUGCUCAGAGUCCUGCUUUGCUAAAGGCAUUUGCUUCUCUUCCCGUCGCAGCUGUGGCCUGGGCCCGAGGCGCCACGUCAGAACGUGGGCCUGUUAAGCUCCAUGAUGCCUCUUGCGAACCCGGGCCCUGGCCAGCUGGCCCCACUUUCUUCUUCCUUCCAAAUUCCCAGCGUUAACCCACUCCUUGCUCACGACACCCAAGGGAGGUUUAUUUCAAGAAGCGGCGAAAGCAGCUGCCCAGAUCGCUCAGCAGCUGCUUGCUUUGGGUUGGACUUCUCGCCCAACCCGUUGCCUUUGUAGCGAGGAUCACGACCCCCAAACCGGUCCUUCCACCACUCUCUCCCCUCCGAGGACGGUUAGUCCUGCUAGAUUGGAGUCUUUUCCCUCCCUGAAGGAAAGCAGGCUCAAGGAGCUGAAGGGAUACGCCUGCCUCCAGGGCUGGGUGGCCAGGAGGCAGUCCCAUCUACGCCAGUUUGUACUCUGUGCCUAGCAGAGGGCAGAAACACAGCCUCCGAGCUUGGAAGGAGGGGUCACCCUGUGUCAAGGGUGCCCAGAGCAGCACCAAGCUUAAUGAAGAACCCCAAGAAACACACACACUCCCUCUCUACCUAGGAGCCUUGAGUGCUCUCUAAGUUCCUCACACCCCGUUAGACGGAAGACCUACCAAAGAGUAUGCUCUUCCCCACGAACAAAUGACACUCCACGGCAAGGGCCACGGUGGGAGGCGUGUGGCUGCAAGAGCUCCCCACGCCCGCGUCCACUGCUUCCACACGGCCUCGCCUCAGAUCUCAUCCCCCGUCUUGACUGUUACAGUAAAUGGGUCCAUUUGAGGACUGGCGAUGUUUCCUGUUUUUGCGGUGUGGAUUUUGCACAUUCUGGAACUAUUUUUGUCUUAUGAUUCGGGUUGUCUGGAUUCCCAUGUGCUCUUCUGUGUCUUGGCCACUGUACAUAAGUAUGAGUUUUGUAGGUAAAUCUCAUUUUUGUAAGUGUCUCGAUUCGCUUCCGUCUGGAUUGCAGGCCCCAUUCUCUCAAAUGGUCCACAUGAAACAAUUUUGCUUCAUUUGAAACGCGGAGCCUUGUUUGUAUUCGAUGCAUUUUAUUGGGGUCUUCCUCCCCCUUCCCAAUUUUUUUUUUGAGUUUUUCAUUAAAUAAAUUGUGUUCUUUUCUUAACA